GCUUCUGUUCGAAGCUUAUGGUUUUGGUUGGCCUCCGAGCUCCGAAAAAAAAAAACCCCCUAAAAAUUCGCCAAAAAAACAAAAAAGAAAAAAAAAUCGGGUGGUUUUCUUCUUUGCUGAGAAAGACAGUCCAAAACCCUAACGAUCAUCAAAACUCGAAAACAGCUCGUCACGUUCAACUCUCUCCGGGGAAUGUAUCAGCGGGCUAAAUCAUUCCUUUUUUUCUUGGUUCUGUCAUGUACCCUUUUUUGCUUAACUACAUGUGAACCAUGUUCUGUAAACGGGGUGCCAAAAAUGGAGGAAUAUGACGGGUGUGAGUACUAUGGAGAUAAUCAUCAUACUGGUUUUCAAGAAACUAUUAUUGGUGAUUCAAAUUCUGGCUAUGAUACAGGAACUUCAAUGACUGGUUUAACUGUUGAGAGUAUCUGCACCGAUUCUCAUUCAUUCUGUUUUCCUUCAACAUUGCCUGGCUUUUCAACUGAAGAGACUAAACUUGAAGUUGGCAGUUUAGAAGUUUCUAGGAGUCAGUCUGAUAGUGCUUCAUCUUAUAUAGAACCAAGUAACCUUAGGGGGCAGGCAAAUAACAAAAGUUGGUUCUCUAAUCACGGUAUGUUUAAAUUAUUAAAUGGCAGGAUGGUUUCUUGUUCUUUGUCUUCGAGAGAUGGCAUCCAUGAGUUUUCAUCUAAUGCUAAUCAAAAUGAUAUUUCGUGUAGAGGAUCUUUACAAUAUCAGGAGAGUGCAAAUGUUAGGAUGAAAAACAACAGGGAGGUGACCAAAUCAGGUUCUUUUGAUGUAUCGUCUUUCCCUAAUGUAGAUGUAAGUCCUCCUGUAUUAGAUUGGGGACAAAAAUAUUUGUUUUUACCUUCAGUGGCUUACUUGACUGUAGCAAAUACAUGCAACGAGAGUGAUUUACAUGUCUAUGAACCAUUUAGUACCAAUAUGCAGUUCUAUCCCUGCAAUUUUAGUGAGCUUUUGCUAGGACCUGGUGAAGUAGCUACAAUAUGUUUUGUUUUUUUACCUAGAUGGGUGGGCUUGUCAUCAGCUCACCUUAUCUUGCAGACAAGCUCCGGUGGUUUCCUGGUUCAGGCUAGGGGUUUUGCUGUUGAGUCCCCUUAUGAGAUUCAGCCAUUAGUAAGCCUGGAUAUUCCUCCUAGUGGACAGUUGAGUAAGAAUCUGUCUUUGUUUAAUCCUUUUGAUGAAACCGUCUACUUGGAGGAAAUAACUGCAUGGAUAUCAGUUUCUCUAGGGAAUACUACCCAUCAUAGUGAAGCAGUUUGUAGUAAAGAAAACUUCCAGGGUUAUAAUGGGCACAGCUUGCUUAGUGCUGAGGAUUGGUUGGUCAUGAACAGUGGUAAAUUUGGUUUUCCACUUAUGGCUAUGAGGCCACACAGGAACUGGGAGAUUAACCCUCAAAGCAGUGAAACCAUCAUCGAGAUUGAUUUAUCCUUUGAAGCAAAAGGAAAAAUUUUUGGUGCUUUUUGUAUGAAGUUGGGGAGGUCUUCACAAGACAAGUCUGAUACAGUUAUGGUUCCUCUUGAAGUUGAUUUAGAUAAGAUAGCAUCCUAUGAGGAUCACUCAAGUUCUCUUUCAGUUUCUCUUGAGGCUCUGGUGCCAUAUGAUGGCAGUGAAACUGUUUUCAUUGCCAUCUCUGUGGAAAAUGCUGCUCCUUAUGUGCUCAAUUUUGUCAAAAUUAGUGAAGUUGCAGAUACAAAGAUUUUCCAUAUCAAGUACAUGGAAGGGUUGCUGCUGUUCCCUGGUGUUGUUACCCAGGUUGCUGUGAUUCCCUGCAAUAAAUUUCCAGUUGAAAUUCAAAAUUCUGCUUCUGAAGCAUCUGACACGAUCAGAAGUUGUAAAUUGCUUAUAAUGACAAACGAUUCUAUUAGCCCUCAGAUUGAAGUUCCUUGUGAGGAUAUAAUCCAUAUUUGUAAGGAACAUCAGAAAGGUUUGUCUAUGGGUUUUGAGCAUCAGUCUGAAAAGGUUAACUUUGGCAAUUCAAGGACAGGGUCCUUGGGCGAUGGCAUGCGGUUGGCAUCAUGGGCCAAGGUGUUGGAGAUAGCAGAAGCAGAUGAAUUGGUACUUGGAAAUUGGAAAUCUCAAGGUACCACAAACGGCAUGUCAGUGCUUGAUGAUCAUGAGGUACUGUUUCCAAUGGUUCAAGUUGGAAGUCACUGCUCCAAGUGGAUCACUGUGAAAAAUCCUAGCAAGCAGCCAGUUAUAAUGCAGCUCAUUCUGAACUCAGGAGAAAUUGUUGAUGAAUGCAGGAGCCAAGAUGUUUUUAUGCAGCCUCCUCCUGGUAGCUUGAGUCACAAUUUGUCUGCUAUACCAAUGAGAUAUGGGUUCUCAAUAGGAGAGAGUGCACGGACAGAGGCCUAUGUUCAACCGUAUGGGACAGCAUCUUUUGGGCCGAUUUUAUUUCACCCUUCAAAUCGUUGUGGGUGGAGAAGUUCCGCAUUGAUAAGGAACAAUCUUUCUGGUGUAGAGUGGUUAUCUUUGAGGGGAUUUGGAGGGUCAAUUUCUCUAGUCCUGUUUGAGGGUUCAGAGCCCAUCCGGAGUGUAGAAUUUAACCUUAACUUACCAACUUCUUUAAACAUCUCUCCUCCACAAAUGUUUUUUCACAUAGAAGAGACUACUUAUGCCUGUUCUCAGCCAUUUUUAAAAGAGCUGUAUGCCAGGAACACUGGAGACUUGCCGCUUGAGGUAAGAAGCAUUGAGGUUUCUGGGACAGAGUGUGUACUUGAUGGUUUUAUGGUGCAUACUUGUAAAGGUUUCUCUCUUGAACCUGGAGAGUCAACAAAGCUUCUGAUAUCAUACCAGCCAGAUUUUACAGCAGUAAUGGUACAUAGAGAGCUUGAACUGGCUUUGGCUACAGACAUUCUUGUCAUACCAAUGAAGGCAACUCUCCCUGUUCACAUGCUUAAUCUUUGUAAGAAGUCAGUGUUCUGGAUGCGGCUAAAGAAACUCUCUAUUGCUGUUCUUCUUUCUGUUUCGUUAUUGUUUCUCAUAUUCUGUUUCAUCUUUCACCAAGCAAUGGUCUUGGGCUUCCAAGAUUAUUUAUACAAGAGUGAGAAGAACCCCAUCACUACAAUCAGGACUGGAGGAAAAUCUUCUCGUGUCAAUCGUAGUCAAAGAAACAGUAGGUUUUCUACGUCAGCUGAAAUGGAUGGUAUGUUAAGUUCAGUUGGGGAUGUUAAAUCUUUGAAGGAGGGAUCCAAUGGUAGAUGCCUAAAUGGUCAGGUUAGGACCAAGGAACAGGGGCUAACUGAUCCAAAUGCAAAACUAACUCCUGAAAAUGACAGGGAAAUUAACAGUUUCUUAGAUCCUCAAGGGAAUAGUUCAUUGCCAUCUUUGCCCUCAAAAUCUGCAGUGGGUGAGAACCCUGAUACAAAGGAAGCACCUCAAGCUGGUACCCUCACAAUCAGGACUGGGAAAGAAAAGGGAAGAAGGCGAAGGAAAAGAAAAGGUCGAUUUACUGGAUUGAUUGAAGUUUCAAGUAGUCAAAGUGGAAAUUCUACACCUUCAUCCCCCUUGUCCCCUAUAACAUCUGUAACAUCUAAUCGAACAUGGUCGUUCUCUCUUGAGUUGGACCAAUCUGUUGAGGCCAGAAAUCCUUUUACUCAAUUGGCUGACCAAACCUGUGAGAAGGUUCAAGUUCCUGAACCUAUUUCCAAAGCAAACGUGUUGGGACCUAAGGUUUCUGUGGAACAUGGCAGCAACAACUGGUAUUCUUCGACCCAAGUCCAGUCUACAGUAUCAAAACCUGUUCUAUUGCCCUCUGCUACUUUUCCUUCUGCUGGUAGGGCUACUCCCAGCUUGUUGAGCUCCUCUCCUCCUUUGGCUUCAACAUCUGUUAUGGCUCCUCAUGCUCGAGCUCCUGGGUCCAAACUCUGUGACCAGAAAACCAUAAAAGCAGUAGGAAAGGCUAGACUAGGAGAUGAAUAUACAUAUGAUAUUUGGGGUGACCAUUUUUCUGGACUUCAUUUAAUGGAUAGUUCAAAGGAUGUUGUCGCCAUGAAUUCCAGCACUGCAGAAAAUGACUCUGAUAGUUUCUUUGUAAGGGGUCCACAAACCCUCAUGAAAAAAUCUCAACCAAGAUUUGGUCACCCCAUGCUGUUUGCAACAUCACUACAAAAGGACGCUAGUCAGUUGUUGAUGCAUGCUGAUCCAGGCAUACACAGGUUCAGAACAAUAUCAUUGCCAGGGUAGGCAUUCGUUAUAAAAACUGUCAGAAUGUAGUAGCUUUCUCAUUAUAAUGAUUAUGUGCAUAGCCAUGGAUGGAGAUAAGGCGGAUUUUAAGUUCUUGAGAGAAUGAUGUUGACAAGACAGGAUGGGCUCUGGUUUGUCCCGGCAACGGAGCUACACAAGGACAAGAUGAUUGUGAACCGAACUGCAUUCAUUUGUGGAAUUUCCGGGGACCAUCUUUUGUGUUUGGUUAAUUGGGUUGCAAGAGCUAUGGAAGCCAAAUUGUGAUUGGAAAGUUCCAUCACCAACCCAACAAACAAAUCUGAUCUCCCAAUCAUUUAUUUUGCUUUGGUGCUUGUCGCAUUCCACUUAUUUUGUUCAUCUGUUGCCUUAGUAGUUUCAACUUGCAAAAUUCCAAUUAUGGCUCCCUCACUAAAUUCUGCAAGUCGAUGGAAGUUCUUUAGGUAAAUGCUAGUUUCUAUUCCAGUC